UUUGGGAUGCUUUGAUUGUGUCUUCCCGCUUGGCAGCAAGGGGUGGCCUGGAUGCCUCCUUCCCGCUCUAGGGUUCGGAGAAGAGGCGUGCCUCGACGCAUCCGGAGAGAAGGAAGCAAUUUUUGCAAUCUCGACCGCAGAAGAGGGGAUUUCCCCGCAAAAGGCCGGCCUUUCUCCUCAGGAAACGAGAGGGGCCCGCAGCCUUGCAGUCCCACAAGGCCAAGCAGCCCCUCCCUAGGCCCCAGGCGCUGCUCCCCUCCUCCUCCUCCUCCUCCUGAGAGUCCGCGCCUCCUCCUCGCCUCCACUCGCCCCGAAGAUGUCCGGCGGCGCCCAUUUCCCGUUCCCCCACCAAGGCCUGGGCGGGCUGCCCCCCUACGAGACGCUGAAGGACGAGCGGGACGUGGAGUUGGCCGACGCCCCGUCGGGAGUGCCUCGGGAGGCCGCCGCCACCAUCAUCGCCAUGCCGCCCUCCCGAGACCACCUCGCCUGGUCCCUCUUCAACACCUUCUACCUCAACUUCUGCUGCCUGGGCUUCGCCGCGUUGGUCUUUUCCAUCAAGGCAAGAGAUUGUAAAGUGGUUGAUAACCGCAGUGGAGCUAGCAGAUACGGUUCUAUUGCCAAGCGCCUGAACAUCCUGAGUCUCCUAGCAAGCAUCACUGUGAUCCUCGUGCUAAUUGCAGGUGUUAUCGCUCUUAAUUAUCAGCUAGAGUAGAGUUCCUUAAACUUUGAGUUGGGACCCCAAGUGGGGUCGCCAUAAUUGUAUGUUGGGCUCGCCUUCCCUUCUCUCCCACAUGAACACGUACGUCUCUCUGCCUUCAAUCUCUCUCAUGUGUGUCUCUCUCUUUCCUUUUCCCCUACAUGUGCACACAUGUGUGUUUCUGUCUUCCCUUCUCUUCUGUCUGAGCCUUCAUAUACCUGGGUUCAUAUAAAAAUUUCUCAGGUGAAAAGGCUUAAGAAGCCCUGAUCUAAAGUAAGCCCUGUUAGGCUGUACUGCGGAGUGGCUUCUUUUUAAAAACUCUUUUAUAGUCUUUUCCAAAUCUUCCUUUUACUUCACAAAGUAGCCUCUGAGAAUUUGUCAUUUCGUUUAUUCAGAUACCGAUGUGUAAUUUGCCAAAAAGAGUGGCUUGAAAGUCUAGUAUGCCUGGCAUGGCAUUUUUAGUUAUGUCACUCUUAGCUUUGCCAAGAUGGAGGUGGAUAAGUUUCCAUUUCAUGCACAGUUAUACAGUGGAAGUGUGUUGUUCCAGACUGCUUUUUCUCACCAUAUGAUCCUGGUGCCUUUUCCAUGCUCUUGAAUUAUUAUUCUAUUGUGUUUAACCGACCACCUUUUCUAUUGAAUGUAGACAACCCCAAAAGCAGUGAUGUGGCUUGGGGCUGAAGAUGCAUGUGAGAAUGCACUCUGUUCUGAUCAAAUAAAGUCAUGGGUGGGCGGGAAAAAGGGCUUUCUACGUAGCUUCUUCCUUUUUUUGCAAGAUCCUCCACUUGUCAUGUUUUCUCCUAUGACUUUUGUAGUAAAAAAUGUCUGUAAAGCCUGGUUUGGUAAACAUUAAUAGUCUUUAAUACAUUUGUAGAAAAACAA